GUUGGAUUUCGCGGGUGACUUGCGCAGGAACAAAAUCAAUGCGACGUAACAACCAGUCAGCGAAUGUGUCCAGCGGUCUGCGCCGUUAUCCCUGAUUAUCGGUAGAAUCGGCCCGACCAGCUGCGGGGUGCUGCAGACUUCUGCAGGCAGAGGCUGCAGGUCGGCAACAGUGGGCGAGGGCUCUCGCUCCAAAAUUUCUGCUCCGACUCGCAUUACUUUCAUUGUUUCUUAACCGAGACAUGUAAAUAUUUUCAACCAAGAUGCCUGGACAAGAAGACGCAGACCUCUGCACCGACAAGAUCCUCUCCAAGAACAGGAUUCUUCAGGAGUUAACGAAAGCCGUUAAGCUGGUGUAUGCCCAAAGCCUUCACGGUACAGUGGUCUUGGACGGUGAUUCCUGGUUGGUCUACUGGUUAGAUCGUGCUUUGCGACACGGGUUACGCAUUGAAAGACAUGGAUAUUGGGGUACGGCACGAGAACUUAGCCACCAGGAUACUGUCGUGGUGAUCCAUGCACUUCAGAGUGUAUUAACUUCUAUCGGAAAAGGAAGAGCUUGGUUGUAUCAUACCCUAAGCGAAGGUAGCUUUGAAAGUUACUUAGCUUGCUUAUUGAGGGAUACCAGCACUUUGAAAAAACAAUACUUCCCUCAUGCACUCGUUCGUGAUGCUGACAAGACCAAUCAGUUGGUAAAUCUCCUUGCUGGUCUGGAAAAUGUAUCCUUCACUUUGCAAUUGGAUGUCACGUACCUGGACAUUUGCAACUACAUGCCACAACGACCUAUGAGCGGCUCGCCAUCCGGCAUCGCAUUAUCGCUGCACUUGAGAUCAUCGAGUGUCUGUUCGAGUCUUGCCUCUCCGGUAGAUAGCGGGGUCGCUUUGGACAGUGAUAUGGAUGGUGCUAACGAGACCGAUGCAAGCAGCUACAAGGAGGACUCGUCAAUGGAGGACAUUCCAAAAUAUCAUAAUAACAAAUACAAGUCUGGCAUGACCAACUGUACCCAAGGUAAUAAAAAUGUCGAGCACUCCUUUUCUUCGAGUGAUUCCAGCGAAGACGGCAAAACACCGGUACACUCACCAGCAAUGGCAGCCAAAUUCCAUAAUUCCAUAAUGACAAAGAGUGAUAUUGCCAAUCAGAAUUUGGCCCCCAAACUGGACGACAACGAAUUAAAUUGCUCUAGCCUGGAUACAUUAAAGGACUACAGUUUUUGUAGUAAGAGCCUCGACGAGUCGAAGCUUGACAAGAUAACUAAUGAAUUUGACAACGUGUCGAAGGACUACGUCAAGCGAAAUAGCUACUACGGCGACGGUAGCUACAGCUUUAAGAAGAAUAUAGACCCUCGGAAUUCGUAUGUCAUAAAUAACGAUACGAACCUCCUGGAAUUGAGCAUGACCAUCUCGGACUGUGAUAAUACCGAAGCACCGUACAGUAUCUUGAACACUAUUAACAUGACCGAUACCAGCAUUUUGUCGUCCUCUGGCUCGGAUGCAGUAGUUCAGCGCAGACAGCGUAAGAAGAAACGCGGCGAAAGUAAAAAACGAGUCAGCUUUCACGAGGACAUCUUUAAGACGAUGAAACUGGAGGACGACGAAAGCUUUGCAGACUUCUCUAUAAGUUUCCUACAUCCACAUUCCGUGCAAAGAAGGGAUGCCCAGAAAGGACGAUACAGUUGGUGCGCCCACGGCGACUCUCCUUACGUCGAAAAGAACCCCACAGGGAGGAGCGCUUACUCGGACUGCUACUCUUCGUCUUCUUCGUUAAGUGUCUUCGAUAGCGAUUCAGAGAAGAAGCUUCCGCAACAGAUGGGUAACCAAGGAGUAUGCCAAAAGGAUCCAAAGUGCACGUGCAUGAUGUCCAUGUCGGAGCGUGGGGUCCCCGAGGGUCAGGAAGAUCCCGGUAAAAAUUUCCGACCAAAGAUAGAGAUAGAGUUAGAGGAAAACGAGGCGCAGGAGGCAUACAUCGUUGAGAAGGAGUAUGGGAACAUAGUCGAGGAUUCGCCGGUUAAACUGGAAACGCCGAAACCGCCGUCAACUUCAAAGAAAUAUACGAGCUCCGGUGACUGGUCGGACGGAGAAAGCGUAGGAAAUUCUGACGUCAACGAGCGAAGGAACAGUAGGCAUCUAGCUUCGCCUCUGAAGAAACGCAAUAUAACGGCCAUUUUGCCCAGCGACAGCGGUAAGUUGCUGACACCGCCACCGCUUCGUCGAGCACCUUCGAAGACGUCCUUGUUAAGUAAGUUCCUGCGAUCCAUCACGGAAAGAAAAUUUGAAGCAAAGAAGAAUAAAAAACCUGUCAAAGUGAACCCUCUAUACAUCAAGGGAGCCAAGGCAGACUACGAACGAUUCAAAGAUUUCAAUGAUAAUCUCGAGCGAGAGAUACAGGAGAACGUGGCCGCCGAGAAGAGAGAAUUUAGCGGGGAGAAGAUUAGUUUGAAGCUACGGGAGACCUUCAAGCGACACAUUUACAGAGACAAAACCGAAGAACUGUACAAGGUUUACAAGGUCAGGAGCUCCUACAUGACGAACGGCGAAAGCAAACCCAUGCUUGCUCUCUUGACGGACAAAACGCUGUACUUGACGGCGUCAAAGAUCGACCGGUCUUACAGUAACCAGUUUGUCAUUCCCUAUAACGAAUUGGAUGUCAUAAUGGUCGGACCGAAUGCACAAACGAUACUAAUAUCCAAUGCAGACUACGAGAUGCAAUAUUUAUUUUCAACCGGCAGCUCGCAAACCACGUCCGAGCUCAUAGCGCACCUAGAAAUGGCCAUGAGGCGGUCGCCGUCGAAACCUCGAUUGCCCGCUGUCAAAGAAUUGAAUUACGAGGACAUGCACAUCCUGAGACAUGGUAUUCUAGCGGAGACUGUCGUGCACCCCGACGAGAAGAUCGAGCACUACAGCUUGAUCUACAUGGAGGACGAGCACAUAUCGCCACCGAGUACCCCGUGUGGUCCGACGAAGGAGGGGGAUCUGAUGUUUCGACCACACUCUUACCAGUCUCUGCAUCCCAACGCCCCGACAAAUCCCUGGGAAGCGGGAUACUUCGUUUUGAAAGGGGGCGUCGUCUACAUGUUCACCGACGCCAAUCAACGCCUUCCGAAACGCGCGAUCCCCUUGAAAGGCGGCCUCUGCCAAGGGUGCCGAAGGAUCCCUAACUCGCACCGGCCGCACACCUUCGAGAUACUCCUGAGACCGAACAAGUCUUUCCAAUUCGCCGCACCGGACGAAUACGUGGCCUCGGAGUGGCUGCAGAGUUUCGUGCAAAGCGCUUCGGGUCUGUUCGAUUCCUCCGAGAAGAGGGAGCCGUUGCCUUGCAGCCUCGUAGCCACGACCGGGCACUUGAUAGCCACGAAGGAAGCGUUUCCGGGAACCCAAAGGGGCCAAACCUUGUCCUGUGCGAGCGUGGAGCACCUCACGGCCUUUAGGGUGCCCCUGUCUCAUCAGUCUUGGUGUAUACUGGAAUUUGCUUGUCGGGAAGUGCACGAGAGCAGCGGUGACUGGGUGAUCUAUUUCACUAAUUACAACGAGCUCUGCGCCUUCAGGGAAGUACUGGAGACCCUGUGGGCCGACGCCGAUAUGGGUGAAUUUCCUAUGGUAACGUUGCCGCCCGAAGACAAGCUCCAUCAUCGGUGUUCGGACACGAGCAAAGAUUUGGAACACGCCUGGCAAUAUUUGUUGCCCGUGUCCUCCGAAUAGUCCUUGACGAGGGCAAGGCAGCUAUUAUGGUAUUAGCGCACUUUCAUUUAAUCGAGAUGCUGGACGAACUCGAGGUAGAUGAUACUUUUAAGUCGUCGUUAGACCGCCCGAUUUUGAAGCCGAGAAAUGGUUUCAAGAUUCCGAUAUUCUUGAAAAGCUGAAUACGUGAGCAACUAUUAUUUGCUAGUUCUUGGACGACGGAAGCGUAGAAACGAUUCGGUCGGUGUUUCGUCGUCCUUCGGAUCGAUUAGUCGUGGCUUAGAUAUACACUUAUAUUUUAAUAUCAAUUCCAGAGGCGGAUUAAUUAAAGAGAAAGAGAUGGAAUAAUUGUGAGCGAUCGGUGAGGUAGCUUGCGGCGGCGACGCGCGACCGUGUCGCCGAUAUGCGGUGCGCCUAAGGCAGUGCAAUAUUUUCCCUACAUUGUAAUACUCUCUAGUUUAUCAUUGAUUUGUCGUGGCGGGAAAACUGUAAUAUAAGGGCGAUUGUUGAGGAUAUCGUAUCGGUUAUAUAAAUGUCUAUUUACGUGCAUUUAUUACGCGGGCUAAGACGGGAAGUGAUAAUAAACGGACAACGGCGGAUAUGUAUAUCGGAAGGAAUAUCGACCGCGCCGUUAAAAGAAAGCAUCACCUCCUGGAGAAGAAAAUACCCCAUGGGUUGUCAACGAUCGCGUAUCACUAACAUUCCUAAUAAUAAUUACAAUGCUUUUACGCCUUCAUUCAUUUUAACUCGCUGCGUCGUUUGCAUAGAUUUUACGUAUAUUUAUCGAUUUCAGAAAGUGGUAUGACUAGUGGUGGUACCGACAUAAAUUGGGACUACCGAUGUCACCUCGAGUCUGAAAUUUUGCCCCAUUCUUUAUUGAGCAUUUUUUGUGAUCGUAAGUUAAAAUGAAACAGUUUGGAAUUUUAUUAAUUAAGUUUAUUAUCACUCCUCGACCGGUGAGUAGACAUUUGUAUGGUUAUUAUGGUGAGCAGAGAAAAACUGUGCUAUAUCAACAUGGUGCUUGGUCUGGUAAAAGGAGAUAGCGAUUAAAUACAUUGUCGACACCGGAGAUAAUUUCAAAUUUAUGCUAAACGGGUUCUCUGUAACGGGAAACACCCGAUUUUACGUACCGCCUAAUAAUCUGACACUUAAGUAGCAUCGGUACUUUUAUCGCACCGUCGUUGUCAUUAAAUUUCAGUAGCCGUACAAUGUAUUACGUGUGUUCUACUGGAUUUCUGAAAAUUAUUUAUUUAUGAUUUGUCAUAUAUAGCUGCCGCAUGCUUACGAUCAGGCUAACCAAACUGGUGUGUGUUGCAGUUGCUUGUGAAUAUUAUUAAUAAUUAUGUACAGCUGCCCGAAAAAUGUGAUGAUAGUCACAUCAGAUAAUGUAAUAUUAGUACACGGUACCGUGGCGUCAUUAAUUUGAUACCCCGGCAUCAACUUCUCAUGGUUUAUAUAAAGUAAGAUACAACCGAUGUCUACAUGAUAUUUAAGUUUUAUAUUUGUUUUAUUGCAGCGAAAAUAUAUAGGUUUAAAUUUACCCCUGUUACAGCCAUCAUAUUGUAUAUGUUAAACCUAUAUAUCGUUUCACUAAUUCUAUAUAGCCACAAGUGAAUUACAGCACAUGUCAUUAUAAAGCAUGCCAUACAAAUAAACCAAUAACGAACUAGUCAAAUGAGA